AGCUCCACAUUAACUAAAUCGUAUUUUAACAGCCGAUAGAAAGUACUAAAAAGAUUGUCUAUUCAUAACGUUGAAUGCAAUUGUUUAUGGGUGGAGAGUUUUUUUCUAACAGCUACGUUCAAUAUCUUCAUACCGACAACUCGGCUUUUGUUACAACAUAAGGUGCAACAUGAUUUCGGCAAUUGUUUAAUCAUUGAAAGAUCUUGGAAACAUUAAAUGUUUCCCUCCUUCGAAUAAUGCGUCUAUUAGUAUGUAUUGUACAUGCGUGUGGUAAAUCACAAUAAAAUGUGAUUAUGAAUGUUGUUUUUUGUUGUUAGUGCCGGUUUGUUUACAUGAACGUUUUGCUUCGUAACGUAAAUAUUUUUUCUUUACUUGUUGCACACUUAGUUUUUUGUGUUUCAUCUGUUUUUAUAGAAGUAUUGCAAAUGUAAUAAGAUUGGAGUUAAAAGGAUGUGAUUGCACUACCUUGAACUUUAUUCUCAAAGUAAUUAGAAAAAAAAGAAGUUAAAUUACCUUUAGCGUUGAUUAAAUCAAAGAAACCGACACAAUAGUGUCAAAUCUUUGCCGCGUAUUUAACUCAGCGUAUUUUAAUGGCCGUCUUCAAGGUUAUACAAUUCAAAUAAAGUGAAGCAGAGAGAAAGUAGGUGUACCUGGAACUUUUUACGUUUUGUCUAUAUUCAAUGAAUCUUCUUUUAAAGUGCGUCUUUGUAAUAUGGUGUUGGAGUACGGUUUUCUGUGGCAUAGACCGUAGAAAAGUUGACAACAGCGCUAACGAGCGCGCACGACAAGCUUAUAACCUUAUUAAAAAAAAGCUCAAUGAAACAAAUGGCUGUAAAGAUUUACUGGGAAUCGAAGACUGUAGCAAUUUACGCCGGUAUAGACACCAAAUGAGGAUAUAUAUGGCAUCAAAAAAACAGCUCCAGCUUAAUGCAGUGAUGACAGAAUACUUUCAUCGCGAAUUUACUGAGUUAGAAGCAGUAGUAGUUGUUGACCCUAUUCCUGAAGCACAUUUUGGGCACACACUUGUUUUGAUUUUAAGCUAUGCAGGUCUUUCAAAAACAGAGUGUGACAACAAAGAAGGAAGCUAUUACAACCAAGGCGGUGUUACAGAAUGUUUAGUAUUUCCGGAUACAAAAAAAUGCCUUAUUCACAAGCAACUUAGUGGCGAUGCUUUUAAAACGUCUUGCACAGUAACUUUUUUGCCUCAAGUGUAUGAAAAAGCUUCAUUGGAACUACAAAACAAAUUACAAUGCAUGGACGAACUAGAAGGUUUUGCAUCAUGUCCAACAGUUCAUGCUCAAUCUGACACUCGAUGCAAUAAUGCAAUUAAAUGUGAACAACCUUCAAAUCAUUUAAAAGAAUCUUGUAAGUGGAAAUGCGAUUAUGGUUUAAUGAUUUUUGGAGGUUGGGACAAACAUACGCAAUCUGUUCGACAUUUACACAACAUCAAAGAUAUGUUUAAAUAUUUGAAAAAUAAAGGAUACAAUGAUAAAAAUAUCAGAAUCUUUUUUGCAAAUAACUCUACAAUAGAUCUUGAUGGCAAUCCAAACACACAAGAUACUCUUCCUGCUGAUGACUCUAAUGUCAUUAGUAAUCAUUUGAAACACGUAUGUGAACUUAAUGAGCACUGCAUUGAUACCUUAACCAUAUAUCUAAAUGGUCCUACAUUACGAAACGGUGAUAUACUGUUGUGGGAUAAAAAUAAAGACGGCACCGCAAGUGAUUUUGGCAAACUAUCAAUCAACAAACUUUUAAGUCCUCUCGAAAAUUGUGGUGCAAAAGAUAUAAUAAUUAUUGCAGACCAGAAUCACGCUGGUCAUAUUAUUGAUGAAGUCACAAAAGGAAGGAAACGUGGCAUAAAAAACUUUAACAACAUUUUUGUUAUUGCGUCGAGCGCAAAAGAUACUUACACAUACAAGAGAGAUUUCACGCAAAAAUUUAUUCAGCUCGAUAAUGUUCAUAUUGACUCUAGUACAUCCAUAGCAACUUCAAGGCUGUUAGUUAACAUAUCUAAGGAUCUAAAAGAGUUGCUAAAAACUAAAAACAAAAUUGAUUUUUUGGAAAGCGACAAUAUAAACUUAUCUAUCACUGGAAAUCAGUUUCUUCCGCCUGGAUGUACAACAAAUAUAAAAUAUGUAUCCGAUAGUCUUGAGUGGACAGAUAAAAGUACAUUAAAAUGAAACGGUAUUUAAAAAGAAAGAAGACCGGGUUGUAUUCAACACAGAAAUUGACAACAAUGUCUUUAUUGAAAAGCAAAAGAAAAGCAUUCUUGAAGUUGCUUUUAAAAUGUUCUUAAUAAAAAACUGUGAAAUCAAAAUGGUUCGUAAUUUAUUAAUUCUUAUACAAGUACCAUUUGCUUUCAGUUUUUAAAUAUUUUCAAAAAAUCCUAGAUACAAAAUAGUACAAAAUUGUAAAUAAAGAUGUAUAUAUAACAAAAAAUAAAGUAUUUUAUUGAUUCAACAUUGUAUAAAAAAAUAUUUUAAAUUGUGUUUAAAAUAAAAAGAUUGAUUA